AGCCGGCUCGGCCCUUGAUGAACGCGUAUCCCAGAGGCUCGAAGGGGGCAUGCGCGGGCUUGUUUAUAUAUCGGGGCUUACAACCGGACAAGUCGCUUCCAAUCCCUCGUGGUUGGACAGAUCGUGCAGAGUCUGCAGGGGCUAUAGCCGUUGAGCUAGAAUGCGGCCAAAGUCCAUUUCUAAUAGAUAAGGAGACAACAACGCUGGUGGAUAUCAUCAACAAAGUAUCAGCAGCUUAAAUUAUGGAAAAACGCAGACGCAUUGUGUGUCUGCACACACCAAUAAAAAGCCAUUGUUAGACACUUCAACCACAACGGAAGUCUUUUUUUUUUCUCGAUAAUUACAUGUAUGUUCCAAGAACGUCGCCCGUCC